GGACGGGAUUGGCCGGGCUGCCUUUCCAUUCUGCGGCGGUGUGCGCACGCGCAUGAGCGUCUGCGUGUGGCGGCUGUGGCUGCCCAGUCAGUCGGCCUCUGUUCUCAGGGGUAAGCGGGUUUCAUGGACAAAUAAAAGGCUAGAUCAGAUGGACUGAGGAGAUGGCAGGAAGAAAGCUACUGGGAAAAUAUGGAUCAGAUUGAAAUCUUUUCUGAGAAGACCCUGCCAAAUUUCACAAUGGGCCAGGAAGCUGGAAAGCCCACAUGGCCAAAGCCAGCAGGAGGGUAUCAGACUAUUACAGGCAGAAGAUAUGGAAGAAGACAUGCUUAUGUUAGUUUUAGACCAUCUCUGGUGAAUCAAGAGAGAAAUGCAAACCAACACAACAGCGAAUGUGAAGGAUUAGAACUGGAUGAUGUUCAAACAGAAAAUUCUCUGUGUUCCAGUCCAUUGGUCCAAGUAUGUUCUGCUUUGGUAGAUGUUCCAUUGUUAAUAAAUGUUGGAUCAGAAGAUCCUGUUAGUCAAGCUGAUCCAAGCCAAGCAGUCAUCACAGGUACUCCAACAUUUUCUCCAACACAUUACAGUUUGGGAGACAGUCAGACUAUGUGUAACAAUGUGAAUUCUAAUGGCUGUACAGAGUAUGCUUCUGGAGAGCACCGUAACUUUCGUACCCAAAAUGGAAUUUCUUUUGUAAACAUUGACUCUUAUGAACCAGAUAGCAGUGAUGGAGAGGAAGAAGGUGAUCAAAAUGAUCUUUCAUUAAUUAAAGAAGAAGCAGGAAUAUUUCAAGAGACACUGGAUAACAUGCUUUCUGAGUUGGAGAAAGGAGUAGACUCCUUCUGUGAUAUGCAGUCGCACCUGAACAAUUUCAAUCGUAAUGCUUCAAGCAAAAGUUUUGAAGACUUAAGACCAGUGCCUUUUAAAAGACAUUCCAGUGUAGAAUUAGAUACUGUUCAACAAAAUAAGACACUUCUGAAAUCAUCCAGUGAAGAAGAAUUUCUUGUAAAACAUAACUUCAUUACUGCUUGUGACGUAGAACAGCAAAAAAAUGCAGUGGAUUCUACAAUUAGAACACAAGUAGCGAUUUGCGAUGCUUUGAGUACUACCAAUACAAAGGCUGACCAGGAAAAUUCAUCUGAACUGGUUGUAAGACCCAAAAUCAGAAAACAAAAUCCUGUAAGCCAGUUGGAUAGGAAACAGUCUCUUACAAGUGAAGAGGACGAAAAGAGCAAUAGUAAAAGAUGGAGUGAUAAUGUCGAUGUCUACCAACGUAAUGCAGGAUGUGUCUUGAAACACAGCAAAGAAAAAAACAAUUCUAGUAUGUUUUUUGAUCCAAGAGACUAUGAAGAAGCUCAAAAGAAAAUAAAAAGUGAGCUAAGAAAACACAGUAUAACUCUUCAAGACAAAAGUAAAGUAGAUGACAGUGCUUUCUGGGAUGAGUUUGAAGAUUGUGGCAGAAAUCUGUCCAGUACCAACAAAGGUGAAGAUGAAGACAGCUCUGAAUGCAGUGAUGGUGAAUGGUCUGCAUCUCUGCCCUCCUAUUUUGCUGUGACUGUCAAAGACCAGUCUUCCAGUGAUGAGAGUUGGGAGACUCUUCCAGGAAAGGAGGAACCAGAACCUGAAGUGCAGAGUGACAGCAGUGGUGUGGAAGAAGAACAUAAUGACUUUGGUUUCCAAGCAGGGGAACAGACCACCCUAGAAGAUGGUGAAAUUCCUUGGUUGCAGUAUCAUGAAGAAAUAGAAACUAGCAGUGAUGAAGAAACUGAUCAAGUGAGCCAUUUUGUGCAUCCUGGCUUUUUCAUGUUGGAUGGAAACAACAACUUAGAAGAUGAUUCCAGUAUGAGUGAAGACUUGGAUGUGGAAUGGAGGCUCCUUGAUGAAUUUGGUGAUGGUCUAGGUGUUGCUCAAGCCAUUUCUUAUGUGGAUCCCCAGUUCCUUACAUAUAUGGCUUUGGAAGAACGGUUGGCACAGGCAAUGGAGGUAACAAGCAUGUUCAUGGAAAUGACUUAUCAGCGUCUACAGACUGCUUUGGCACAUCUGGAAUCUCUUGCAAUUGACGUUGAACAAGCUCAUCCACCUGCUAGUAAAGAAAGCAUAGAAUGUCUCCCACAAAUUAUUAUAACAGAUGAUCACAAUGCUGUAGGUCAGGAACAAUGCUGUGCUAUUUGCUGCAGUGAGUAUAUCAAAGAAGAAAUUGUAACAGAGCUUCCAUGUCACCACUUUUUUCAUAAGCCUUGUAUAACACUUUGGUUACAAAAGUCAGGAACGUGUCCCGUUUGCCGUCAUGUGCUUGCAACUGUGCUUCCAGAGCCUGACACUCCCACAGUCACCUUCUUGCCUGAUCAUGAUUCUUCUCCUUCAGUCCAAAGUACUUCAGGGACACAAUAAAAUGAACACCUAAAAAAGAGAGUCUGGGCCAUCACAUUUUGCUGUAAAUUUCUCCUGUUUAAUUACAAUGUGAAAUUGCUUUGUAUGUACGUAUAUAUAAAUAUAUAUAAAUAUAAAACACUUAUAUAUUAGUUUAGAAAGAAUGUAUGAACUUUCUAAAUGGCUUAGGUUUACAGUAAGAGUUAAAAUUAUCAGAAUGAAAGGUGUAAAAGAUUGAACUAAUUUUCUGCAGUAAAACAUAUUGCUGACUAAUGUUAACUAAUGUCUAAUGCUUAUGUCUGAGGGAAUGAUAAUAAAUAUGGCACUUGUGCUCAAGUUAAUACAACUGCAGUGCAGUUGCAGCUUACAAAAGUUAUGCAUAUAUCCUGUUUUACAUUAUAUAAUAUUUGAGGCUUGGGUUGUCUCCUUUUGUUUAAAAUUAGUGCCACAGUUUCUUUGUACAUAGCUCUUUCAUAUUUGCAUCAAAUGUGAAGAUGUUCUGUGAUCACUGCAGUAGUAUACUUUGGUUUCACUUGAAAUAAAUAGCAUAAUCAUAAA